CCCUGAGCGAUAUUAUGCAAUACUCAAGUGAUCGACGACUGCAUUUCAUCAGUAAACCAACGAAAGAAAAUAUCAUUUGGGAAAAGCUGUACUAUCAUUCUAUAAUGUCGACAUCAGAGGGACGAAAUCCAGCCAUAGAACUAAUGAAUCAGAGAUUGUCGCGUCUAAUAACAAAGGAAGGCAGACAGAAGGCGUUAAGUUUCGUCCCUCGAUCAAGUGAUGUGAUUGUUGCUACCGCAUCAAAAUGUGGCACAACAUGGAUGCAACAAAUUGUGCAUCAAUUGCGUAGCGGAGGUGAUAUGACCUUCACAGAUAUCGACGAAGUUGUUCUAUGGAUUGAUUUGGCUUAUGAUGUUGGACAAGACCUCGAUGCCGAACACACGGCUGUCCUAAAGGCGGAAAAUAUAUUGUUGUCUAUAUCGGGAGCCAUGUGCAUCAUUCUACAGUGCAUUUAAUUUCUUCGGGAAGAAAUAUUUUCAACCAGGAGAAAUUACACUUGAUGAAUUCGUGAAAAAUAUAAUGAACCGACAAAAGAUGCGUGUGAAUUACUUCCAGCAUUUGCUGAGCUGGUGGCCAAAACGAAAUGAUCCGAAUGUAUUGUUUCUCCUAUACGAAGAUAUGUUGGAUGACUUGGAAAGUGCAGUGAGGGCCGUCGCAUCGUUCAUGGGUAUUAAGGAUGAAGCUAGUAUAACAAAUGCGGUGAAAAUGAGCACAUUUGAUUUUAUGAAACAAAACCGAGACAAGUUUUCAACCAACCUCGUAUCAAGUUAUCGGAAUAAAGCGAUGGGAAUACCAGAAGGAGUCGUAUCUCAACGAGUUGCUACGGGUCCUGCAACAAAAGGACGGGAAAUGAUGGACGAGGGUACCAAACAAGCUGUUCAGGGAAUGUGGAAUGAAAUUGUUACAAAAGAGACUGGAUUUCAAGAUUAUAGCGAGUUUAGAGAUGGUUUGAAGAAAGAAAAACAGUCCGGCGUAACUCGAUAG